UAUGUUACGUUUCUACUAGCAAAAGUCAACGUCAAGGGAUGACAUCGAUUUUCAUGCGUUUAUUUUGCCAUGAAUCGUAACGUCGACAGAACCAGAAUAUAUCGCAGCAAUUCAUGGCGUGGCGAAGGAAAAUAUCGCACUCAAUCCAGACUGUAUGAUUGCUUUCAACGCUGGCGCGCUGUCAAGGAUCAAUGUUGGGCAGAUUGCGUAGGAGAUGGAAAAACGGUAGCAGAAGCGCAACAACAAACAGCCUUUCAGGAUUUUCCUAUGAAACUUCCAGUCCACGCAACAUUUAGCUGGGUGGAGCAUGACGAGGAUCAACUGUUUGGUCGGACUAUCGUUAGCAUGCUCAGGUCGCUUCCGCUCACAGAAAGGAACCGUCUUAAGGUUCACAUAUUUACGCUAGUAGCAAAGGCGCAGUGUGAAAUAGAAAAUACGGAGUAUUUGGUGUGACCUCGAAUUUUGAAAGUGUUAACUGCUGAGAGGGAUUUGUGUUCAAAUAACGCAGAUAUAAAUAGAUUUAAAAGUUAAUUAUGAAUAAUUAAAAUUGAAAAUUUAA